ACAGUACAGAUCCUUAGAUCUUAUGCUGGUAUUAUAGAAGUCUGGUGUAGAGACGUGAGCCUGUCGGGACGUAUCAGUCACCCCUGGCCCACCAGGGAGCCAGCACACACCGGUCCAGCAUAGAUGCCAAAAGUCUUUAAAUCCAUAUUUAUUAGCUCAUGUUUUCCAGAUAUCUCCCGACGUCACCUUAACAUUUGUAGGAAUGUCUGACGCAGCGAAAGAUAAGGCCGCUCGCCUGCUGAAGAAGAGAGGGAGCGUUUCAUCUCUGAGUAGCCAUGAAAUCAAACCUCGAGGCAGCUUCAGCAGGCCCAGAGACUCCAAAGACUCUAUGAGUACAGUGUCCUAUAUUGAUGAGCCAGGACACCAUGACGAUAUACCCCGCCCGGCGGUGCAGAUGGAUAACACUUACCAAUUAGGUCCAUCCAGACGUUUCCCUGUGGCCACGGUCAAUAAUAUUUUAAAGGACGUUCUGACAAGUUACCUUCAGGAAGAGAAGUAUGAGGCGGAGCUAUGCAGGCAGAUGACGAAGACGAUCUCUGAGGUUAUAAAAGCCAGGGUAAAGGACUUGAUGAUCCCGAGGUAUAAGAUCAUUGUGCUCAUCUACAUCGGGCAGCUGAAUGACCAGAGAAUGCGCGUCGGCAGCCGGUGUAUCUGGGACCCAGCCAACGACACCUUCUCAUCCUACACGUUCAAGAACAGCUCCCUCUUUGCCCUGGCUAAUGUCUAUGCAGUUUAUUACGAGUAGCUUAUUGUGGACGUGACCUGCGACUCUCCAGCUGCUGUGGAUUUCUAUCCCUGGAUCCCCUGCUGGGCAUCCUUAGACUUGUAGUUCUACAGCAGCUGGAGACUCACAAGAAGCCUGUCUCUAAAUUAGAUCAUGUUUCAACUUCACCUACUAGACACCAGCACAAGAGGUACUGGAGAUGGUGCCCGGGGCACGUACCACCUUCUGAAUGCUGCCUCUGUGUGCAAGGAUAUUUAUUAUAUAACGUUCUAGAGCAGGCCUGGCCAACCUGCGGCUCUCCAGCUGUUGUGAAACUACAAGUCACAGCAUGCUUUACCAAUCUGAUCGGUGGGAGGGUAUGCUGGGACUUGUAGUUUCACAACAGCUGGAGAGCCACAGGUUGGCCAGGCCUGUUCUAGAGGAGGGGUAACAAAUUAUGUAUUUGGAAAUAAUCUUUGUAGAGUAGCAUUGGUUUAGUGCAGUGGUUCCUAAACUUGGUCCUCAAGGACCUCCAACAGGUCAUGUUUUCCAGGUCACCUAGAGAAAUAUCCAGCCAUAGUUAUAACUGCAUUGGAAAUAACUGCGAUGAGAGGUUGUAAUUGUUUCCAAGUGAUUACCGUUAAAUAAUAUAGGCUACCAUUAUUUCAAAAGUAAUAUGAUGUCGUAUAGAUAAUCACCGUUCUAGAAAAAGUUCAUGGAACAAUCUCUAGUAGAACCUAGUAGGGUAGGAGGGAAGGUCUCAAUGAAUACUGGUGGAGGAGACAGCCAAAUCCCCCCCCCUCCCCUCCCCUGGAAUUCCCAGAGAUGAGACCGUUGAGUUCUGCUGGGGAACAAGCGUUAUUGGGGAAAAGCAACACCUGGGUAGAAUUCAUCUUUGCUGGAGUGUGUGCGACGCUGGAUCUCCACCCACUGGUUUUCUGGCUGUCAGGAUGACAUUGUAUGGAGAGUGACGGGUCUUGUGCUGGGAUUUUUGGUUUCAUUUAAAACACCAGAUAAUGGGGGUCAUUCCGAGUUCGCUCGUUAACGAUUUUCGCAACGGAGCGAUUAAGGCAAAAAUGCGCAUACGCAUGGUUCGCAGUGCGCAUGCGGUUAGUAUUUUAACACAAAACUUAGUAGAUUUACUCACGCCCGAACGAAGAAUUUUCAUCGUUGAAGUGAUCGGAGUGUGAUUGACAGGAAGUGGGUGUUUCUGGGCGGAAACUGGCCGUUUUCUGGGAGUGUGCGGAAAAACGCAGGCGUGUCAGGGAAAAACGCGGGAGUGGCUGGCCGAACGCUGGGAGUGUUUGUGACGUUAAACCAGGAACGAAACUGACUGAACUGAUCGCUAUGUGUAAGUCUCGAGCUACUCAGAAACUGCUAAGAAAUUUCUAUUCGCAAUUCUGCUAAUCUUUCGUUCGCAAUUCUGCUAAACUAAAAUACAAUCCCAGAGGGUGGCGGCCUAGCGCGUGCAAUGCUGCUAAAAUCUGCUAGCGAGCGAACAACUCUGAAUCACCCCCAAUGUGUCAUGGACUAGAGCGAGUUUUGUGAACUGUGCCUUAUCAGCAAAUGUAUUUAUUAUGUGUACAGAUCAGCCUAACCACAAUAAAGUGUCAUCUGCAGAA